ACUGCUGGACGAGGAGGAGGAGGAGGAGGAGGUGAUGAUGAGGGAGAUGGAGGAGCUGAGAUCAGAGAACGACUAUCUGAAGGAUGAGCUGGAGGAGUUGCGAGCAGAGAUGGAGGAGUUGCGGGACAGCUACCUGGAAGAAGACGUGUACCAGGUGCAGGAGCUGCGGAGAGAGCUGGACCGCGCCAACAAAAAUUGCCGCAUCCUGCAGUACCGGCUCAGGAAGACUGAGCAGAAGAGCCUGAAGGUCGCCCAGACCGGGCAGGUGGACGGGGAGCUGAUCCGUAACCUCGAACAAGAUCUGAAGGUUGCCAAAGAUGUAUCUGUCCGGCUGCACCACGAGCUGGAGAGUGUGGAGGAGAAGCGGGUGAGCGCGGAGGACGAGAACGAAUCCCUGCGACAGAGGCUGAUCGAAGUGGAGAUCUCGAAGCAGACACUGCAGAACGAGCUCGACAGGAUCCGAGAGAGCUCUUUGAAGAGAAGAGGGAGCCGAGAACUUCACAAAGACAAGAAGAGUGCUACUCAGGAAGACAACGCUGACCUCAAAUGCCAGCUGCAGUUUGCAAAGGAGGAAGGGUCCCUGAUGCGGAAGAAAAUGGCCAAGUUGGGGAGGGAGAAAGACGAUCUGGAUCACGAGCUGCAGAAGUACAGGUCCAUCUACGGCGACGUGGACAGCCCCCUGCCCACCGGCGAGGCGGGGGGCCCCCCCAGCACACGAGAGGCCGAGCUCAAGCUGCGUCUCAAGCUGGUGGAGGAGGAAGCCAACAUCCUGGGCCGUAAGAUCGUGGAGCUGGAGGUGGAGAACAGGGGGCUGAAGGCGGAGAUGGAGGACGUGAGGUGCCAGUACGAGAGGGACCUGCAGAGCCGGGAACUGCCCUCCAGCCUGCCCGCCUCGCCCUACGCCGAGUCCCUGGAGUCCUGCGGGGAGCUGCGGCGACACCUGCAGUUCGUGGAGGAGGAGGCCGAGCUGCUACGGCGGUCGAUCGGGGAGGUCGAGGAGCACAACAAGCAGCUGUCCAGCGAGCUGGACCGCUUCAAGUGCGGAGAGGGUGGGGGUCCUGAGGUGGGCUGGCGGGAAGAUGGGGGAGGGGGGCUCAAGGCCAACGGGUCGCUACAGGAGGAGUUGAAGGCGGCCAGGCUGCAGGUUAACGAGCUGAGUGGCAAAGUCAUGAAGCUACAGUACGAAAACAGGGUCCUCAUCUCCAACGUGCAGCGCUACGACCUGGCCUCAAACCUGGGGCCACGCGGGGCUGGAGGCCGGGACACCGGGGAGGCCGAGAGCCCCGAGGGCAGGAAGGAGAGCGAGGGUGGGGGAGGCGGGUGUCCUCACCCGAAACGAGAGGGUCCGGUGGGAGGAGAGAGCGACUCGGAGGAGAUAUUCGAGAAGACGUCGGGCCUGGGGAGCAGCGGGAAGCCUUCGGACUCCAGCGACACGUGCUCGGCCGAGCUGUUGCGCAAACGGGAGGACUCGGAGUCUCUGGUGAGCAUCAAGCGGGAGGCGGAGCGGUUGGGUCGCACCGUGGAAAGGCUGAUCACAGACACCGACAGCCUGAUCUACGAUGCCCGGCUGCUGGCCCUGCAGAGGGCCCUGGAGCAGGACAGCGUCGGGAGCGACAACGAGCCUGAGCUCCUGGACUCCAUCAACAGCAGGAUGAAGGCUUUCCGCUCGGAGCUGCGCUGCUUCAUGGAGAAGGUGGACCACCUGGGGGAGGGGCUGCGGGAACAAAUAGACGAUCUGUCGCCCAUGCCCAACCUGACCGAGUCGCCCAGCUUCCUCUCCUCCGUCACCUCCAUGUCCCGAGACUCACCCAUAGGCACUCUGGGGAAGGAGCUCAUCACUGACUUCCAGUCUAAACUGAGGGAUCAGCCCGACUGGCAGCCCAUCCCCGAGGAUGGGCACGACCGGGAAGCCCAUCAAACCGGAAGCUCAACAGACCCCAGCCGGAAAGCCGAUGGAGGCUACAAAGGCUACAGGCCGGAAAACCAGGACUGUUUCGGUACAGAGCUCAGGGAAUCCCAUCUUUUACCAGAAUCGAGCAGCACAUCAGUUCAUGAACUUCAACUCUGCCUGAAACAAGAAAGGCGGCUUCGGGAGGAGGAGAAGGAGAAAUUCACCACCAAGCUUAUCGAGAUGGAAGAGGAGAGCCAGAAGAGGUUGCUAAGGAAGGACUUUGAGGUACAGAGCCUGAACCUGCAGAAUCGCCUGGAGCAGAAGUCAUGGAGUCACGAGAGGAGCCUUCUGGCUCAGGAGGUGAAGAUGUUCGAGCACAACUCCAUCCUACUCUAUGUCAAGCUGCAGUGGCUACUCACACGCUGGAAGCAAGGCAAGGAACUAGACUGCGGUGGGGAGGAUAGACUGGAGUUUGAACAGAUCGACAGCCUGCCCGAGCUGAGUCUGCUGCUCAAACAGAAGGAGCUGGUGGCUGGCGAGGCCGAGGCGGGGGGCUGUGAGCUGUCAGAAUGCUCCCAGUUCUCUCCCGAGAGCCCUGGACAUGGACCACAGCUGCAGACCGAGGAGCUGCUUCAGCAACAGAAACAGGCUAGGGAGAAUCGGAGGGUCUUGUCAGCUCUGCAGUCUGUCCUAGAGGAGUUUCACGUCGAGCUCAGGGAUGAGGAGCAGACCCGCAGUGAGAGACCUGCCUGGGAGACACAGAGACCCCAGCAGAAAUGUCUUCUCCUACAGGAAUUCGAAGAGCAAACCGGGAAGCAGGACGGGAAUCUGGGCUAUGAGGAUGGGAGCGAGGCACUGCAGAGUGAGCAGGAGGCUCAGCAGAGGCUGGCGGAGGGUUCUAGCAUGGCGAGCGAGCCUCACUGGCAGCUGCAGCCCUGCCACAGGAACUGCCAGCGGCACAGGCUGGAGCUGCUGGAGAGCUUCGAGAGGGAGCGGAGAGACUGGGAGCAGCAGAAGAGGAAGCUGAGAGAAAGACUCCAGCAGCUUCAGAAGGAAGCCCAGCCCCAGAGUGGAGACAGGCCCUUCGCUGACCUCCGGGAGCCAUCCCCAGACCUCUCGGAGCAAGAGUGGUUCCCCGGGGGCCAUUCGCAGGGCCGCGAUGCCUUUCCAGAGCGGGGAUUCGGGGAGCGUCGCUCAGCAGUGCCGGCUCUGAGGGAGGGCGAGAGGUGCCGGACUGCCCCCAGCCUGUUCCUGGACGCACUGUCACUCGACUCGCUCAGUGAGGCUUCCGGCUCUGCCUCCGACUCCUGCAGCCUGGAGAGGGAGAAAUUUACAACCGGCACCUACGAGGCUCUGAAUGAAAUUUGCGUGGCCAAGGACGUUUCGAGGUUUGAUAAGGAAGAUGCGUGUAAGGCAAAUCUUCAAAGGGCAAAGUCAGUCUCCUCCAUGUCAGAUUUCCAGCGCCUGAUGAACAGCUCCCCGUUCCUGCCAGAGAAGACGUCGCCGGGCGAUCCCAAACCCCGGAUGUGCUUCCCCAGGGAGGAUCCCACUCCCCCGCUUUCUCCAGACGACCUCAAGUAUAUCGAAGAGUUCAGCAGGAAGAGCUGGGAGUACGCGGACCGGGAGAGGCCGGGGGAAGCCUGGGUACAGAAGAGCGAGAGCAAGAGAGUGCGAGAGGUCAGUGCGCUAACUCUGGACCCAUUACAAGCUACCUCGUGGUACCUCACCACCAGCGUCACCAUGACAACCAGCACCGUGACCAGCUCGGAGAUCGCCGGCCCUCAGAAGCCGCAGCCGUCGCAGAGGGUGGUCCCGGUUCCAGUCCCGGACAUGGCGGGGGUCCGACUUUACCACAGCCCGCCCGUCCUCCGCAGCGACAGCGGGAUCAAGUCACUGGACUCGGACUUUGCCUUUGCCACGGUGGUGCCGAUAGGGAACGGCGUGGAACCGAAGGGGGGGCCGGCACAGGAGGUGUUCGGCAGGUGGACUUGCGAACCGAGCAGGGAGGUGCUGGAGGGUGGGCUGCGGCCCCCAGAGCAUCCCGUCUGCGCCACCGUGGGCUUCGCCUCCUCCCUGCAGGGCCUCAACAUAUCAGGCAACAUGAGCGAUGACAUGAAGGAGGUGGCUCACUCCGUCAUGAGCCGGAUGCGCUCAAGCUCGGCCGAGCGACAGUCUAAGGACAUCGGCUGUCAGACAAACGGGGUCUCCAACGCCGGCACACAGACCACCCGCUUGGUCAGCAUCGGGCUGCAGACAGACACCGCCCGGUGCCUGGCCAGCAGCCCCCACAAGUGCCUGACACCCAGGGGGGGCUCCACCCCCGUCUCCUCCCCCUCCCGCAGCUUCCGCAACAAGCAGGUGGCCCCCGCUGUGGAGAAGAUGCAAGCCAAGUUCGAGCGGGUCUGCUGCUCUCCCAAGUACGGCUCCCCCAAGCUGCAGAGGAAGGCAUCUGCCAAGCCCGAGGGUCCCAAGGAGCGAGGCCCGCCUCCCGCCCCCGCCCUUCCGCAGAAGGGCUUCAACGAGUCGGCCUGGGCCAGGUCCACCACCACCCGCGACAGCCCGGUCCACACCACCAUCAACGACGGCCUCUCCAGCCUCUUCAACAUCAUCGACCACACGCCAGUGGCCUGCGAAGCGGCUCAGAGACUGCCCAGACCCCCGGUCAGGCUGCCCAAGCCUCCUGAGCCACACUCCAGCUUCGGGGCGGUCCAGGAGUUCCUGAAGAGCAUGCGGGGCCGAUCCCCCAGCCCGGUGUGUGCCAGCACGGAGUCCGAGAGGGACUCGGACGGGGAAGUGCUCGUGGUGAAGCAGGAACUGUGCCUGUCUCCCGGGUACCACCUGGCAGGCAGUCCCGCCAGGCUCUUGAACAGGCGUCUGCUUGAGCAGGUUUACGGCGAGGACCACAAACUCCAGAGAGUGCUGACCGACCAGGACUCCGAGUCAGGAGACACAGACCAAGCUUCCCCUGCUUCCUUGGAGGACCUCCCCUGGCCUCCGCCACUCGAACCCCGCUUCUCACGCCCAGCCAGGCCAGCCCGGCGCCCGCCAUCCCGAUGGGCAUCACGUUCACCCUCUGCCUCACGCCCUUCAUCCUCUGGGGACUUGGUUACCGUCCAACAGCCAGAAACUAAUGGGUCGACAACCACAGAAGCCGACCUCGACCCUGGGCAGGAGUCUGCAUGAUGUACGUGGGAAGGAAUUCACAUCACAACACAAGGUCCCAGGAAGCCCACAGAGAGGCCAGUGUCAAGCCAGUAGGUUCCCAGUCACAGGUUUUAACAGGUCAAACACAGAGACUGCUUUGUGUUUAUCAAGGGUCAAAUAGAUGAGUGUGAACAUAUUGUCAAACACUAUUGAGUGAGUAUGACCGCAUUAUGUAAACACGGUUGGAUGAGUGUGAGUGCAUUGUUGAACACUAUCGGAUGAGUGUCAGUACACUGUGCAAACACAAUUGGAUGACUGUGAACACAAGGUAAUAAACAUUUGACUUAAUCUCCUACAAAAGGCUCUUCACACCUGCACCACGAUAACUUCUGUGUGUCAAAACGUGUGAAACUUUGAUUGUGUCUGUGUUAUGGACCGAGACCACCCGUUUAAUGUGCCUGUAGAAAUGGAGUCUUUGCUUCUAAAACAAUUAUUUUGGGUCUUGUAUCAUAUUUAGUCAUACAUGGAGAGUUGGCAAAGUGACAUUACAUUAUACAUGUACAGACUGUCCAGGGCCCCUGUUCAACAACAACAAGUUACAUUUAUAAAGCGCCUUUCAUGUCAGACACCAUUAUGUGGCUGACAGAGAUUUUACACAGAAGUAAGAGAUCACAUUAUACUUCCUGAAAUGUGUUAUUCCUUCCCCACCCCCUGCCCUAAAGCCUCCUGGUGGUAACAAGCCAGGUGGUUACCCCAUCACACCAUUGGCUCCCUAUCGCCAAACAGAUCGAUUUCAAG